AUGGCGGCGGCGGUGAGGAGCCUGGUGUCGAGGACCCUGCUAGACCGGCGGCGCCGCGGCAGGUCCGGCGCGGUGGCCGGGUGCUUCUCGGUGUACGUGGGCGCCGGGCGGGAGCGCUUCGUGAUGCCGGUGGAGCGCGCCAACCACCCGCUCUUCCGCCGCCUCCUCGACGACGCCGAGCGAGAGUACGGCCGCGCGGCGCAGGGCCCGCUCGCGCUGCCCGGAUGCGACGUCGGCGCGUUCCUCGACGUCCUCUGGCUGAUGGAAGAGCGCCACGACGAGGAUGAGGAGGACGGCGAGGGGACGAUCGCCAACAACACGGCCGUGUUAUCGUCGUCGCCGAUGUGCGGCUUAAUCCGGAGGAGCUGCGGCGCCAAUGGCGGCCGCGUGGUGGCAGGGUACCGGACGCUGUGCCCGACGUCGAGGUCGAGGUCUUCUCUCCGGUGGUGGAUAUGA